ACAAGGUGAUACUGAUGUCUGGCAAUUUAAAAUAAAAAAAAAAGUUUAAAAGGAGGGCAGCAGAAAGCCGGUCUAAAUUAUUUUCAUACCUAUUUCCAUCUUUCCUUUCACGAUAAACUUUAAUCUCUAACUUAAGCAAAAUGAGUGGGUUAGUAAGAACGGCACACCGAAUUUUACAUAACUGCGUGAAAAAUAGUAGCGUAGCUGGUGCAGUUGUAAGCAGAACCCAAGUUCCUGUGAAACGUGACUUCACUAGAGGAAUAUGGCACAUGAGUUGUUCUAAACGACUGGACAGUACAUCAGCUUCCUCAAACCUGCUUCAUCACUCUAACACAUGUGGCUGUGGAUGCGGUCUAAAGGCUCUUCAUACGAAAGAUCAACAAGACCAAAAUGCUAAAGCCAAACCCCUGGGUGAGCGUGAGCUUGUGGAGUUCCUUACUGAAGAGAUAGUUGCUGAGCGUAAGGCACAGAAGCUCAAGACUCUACCUUCUGAAGUAGAAGGGUUCAGUGUGAAGGGAGAUGGAGCAGAAGUGGUGCUUACCAAGGAGCUAAAAGAUGAAAUUGUUAAAAUCACAUUCAAUGUGAAUCAUACAGUGGAUUCUGAGGAUUUUGGUGAUGAUGUACAACAAGAGAAGCAGGAGUUUGCAGAAAUGAGAUCCAAGCCCCAAUUUGAAGUUGACCUUGUUAGAGGAGCAACCACGCUAGGGUUUACUUGCUCCUUCUUACAAGAUCCACCAACCACAAAUGCUGAAGAAUACAAUGACAUUUUUGGCAUCGAUGAAGUAACUCUAUACACAGGAGAGUGGUCAGACAAAGUGUAUGCUGUUGCUGGUGAUGUGCUGGAUGGGUAUCUUUAUGAUCUAUUAAUGAAUCUACUAGAGGAGAAAGGAAUCAGCAAUGAAUUUGUUCAAAAAAUAUCAGAUUUUAGUACUGCAUAUGAGCACACUGCGUACAUCAACCUUUUGGAGGGAAUUUCCAAGUUUACCAUUGGGAAAUAAUCUAAUUUAGUCAUAGACAACAUAAUGUAUGUGGAACUUUAAUUUAAAAUGUUUUUUUUAUGAAUACUAGUAUUAAUAAAUAAUAUUCUUUUAUUUCAACUGGCUUCUUCAUCAAUAUUAAUAUGUAUCAACAAAUAGAGCUUAUGCCUUUUUAUGUUAACAUAUAGUGACAAAAAAUAUUAAAUUUUAUUAGUGUUUAAGUUCCACAAAAAUUUGUUCAAAAGGAUAUUAGCAUUUAAUUUGCUGUAUACAGCUUUAAAGGAUAUUUAGUUUAGUUGUAUGACAUGAUGUUCAAUUAGUUAUUAUGUUAGUUCACAAUAAAAAAUUCAAUAAGGUA